AUGGCAGGUGCCUCUGUCACGUCACAGCUACGCAAGGCGGCACGCAUCAUUCUUAUCGGCGCUCCCGGCGUAGGCAAAGGCACUCAAACCGAACGCUUACUGCACCGCUUUCCGCAACUCUCCUCAAUAAGCUCGGGGGAUCUGCUGCGAGAUAAUGUUCGAAAUAAAACGCCGCUGGGCAACCAAGCUGCCGAACUCAUGAAUCGCGGCGCUCUCGUCCCAGACUCCAUGAUACUGCGUCUGAUUCGCAACGCACUCACGACCCGCGGCUGGCUGAUCCCCGCAGACGGAAUGAAGCCCAUGACUCUCAACUUUGCUUCGACCCAGAUCUCCUCGGAUGCUACCAUCACAGAGUCGGUUCAACACAACGAUUACAUCCAUCUUCCUCCCGAUUUGGACUCGGAGUACCGCUAUUCGGACCAUCCAGACGCUUCCUUCAUCCUUGAUGGCUUCCCACGAAAUGCUGCGCAAGCCGCACAGUUGGAAAAGAUGAUUCCGGUGAAUCUCGCCAUACAUGUACAUACGCCUACGGAAGUCAUUUUGGGGAGGAUCGGUAAUCGAUGGGUACAUCCGAAGAGCGGCCGGGUGUACAACACCACAUUUAACGCCCCAAAGGAGGAUGGCAAGGAUGAUAUCACUGGCGAGCCAUUAAUCCAGAGGGAUGACGACAAGCCCGAAGUAUGGAGGCAGAGACUAAAAACAUUUGAAGAGAGCUCCAAAGAUCUGUUGGGUUAUUAUGAGAAAAGGGGUGUUCUGUGGAAGGUGGAAGGUGGAAGUAGUGAUGAGAUCACACCACGACUGUUUGAUGAAUUUGACAAACGCUUUGGAGCAUGA